CUCUUUCUUCUGAACGCGUCGACGCAAGAAGAAGCUCUCUAGGUUUGUACCCUAAAACAAGUGGUGAUAAGGACCAGUUUGUCUCCAAAAGCUGAACACAUGGAGGAAAAGUUUUUUGCGGCGGGUGCUAGAGCCUCGCAAACUCGUGACGGGACCAUAAGACUUUUCGCAUUAUAUUAUUCUGAGACAAGACGUACGUGUGCUCGUCCAGAACCAGCACACUUUCAUUCUGAACCAAAGGAUUCUCCAUCUACCGAAACUGCUGAAAACAGGCCGGAGCCUGCAGGCGCGGAAGCAUUCCCGAAUCCUCCUCGAUUCGGAGAGCAACCAGGGCAUCACAGCGCUAAUUCAGGUGAAGAUUUUUUAUUUUCGCAACCGUCAGACGCCAGCUCGACUUUUUACGCCGAGCCUGAUUAUUUUCAAUAUUUUGAUCUUCCCAACGCACCCCCAACUGCUGAAGAUCCUUUUGAAGCAUUUGCAGAACGCUUCGCCGGCUACUGUAGCGGCAAUUUUGACUGGAAUGAGUCUUCAUUCUUCAAUGAUCGAGCUUUCGAUGCAGCAUUCGAUCGAGCUUUCGAUGCAGCAUUCGAUGAGUUUCUGAAUGACGUACCCAACUUUUUUGCAGAUUCUACCGACAAUUCUUAUUAUUCUAAUCAAAAUUUUGAGCCUCAACCAAACAUUCCGCAAAAUUUUGGGAAUAACUACGGUCAACAGGGGGGAUUUUCAAAUUUUAGCGCUCCGCAAAUGAACACCAAUAUGGGUCCACCGAAAUUCAAUGAAAAUUCGCAAGCAAUUUCUAUUAGCAGCGAAGAGUCUAGCGACGAGGAAGAUGAGAUGGACACCAUUUUUAUCAUAAGUGAUUCAGAAGAGGAAAAGGAUGAUUUAAAUAAAGGAAAUAAAGAAGAUGAACCAAAGAAGACUGAUACCGCUGAAAAGAGCGGACACAAUAUGAUACUUUGGGUUGAAUCAAACAAAGAGAACAUUGACGGCAGCAACAUUUCUGGCGAAAAGAAUCCGGGUGUUCCGACCGAGGGGGCAGUCGGGGACGCGGCGUACGGUUAUGAAAAUUCCGAUCAAAUUCCUUUGCCAGAAUUGCUUGAAAUACACGGCAAGCAGUUAGUAUCGGGGUUUGAAUUUGGGGAGGCAACAAAACGUCGCGCUCAACAAAACAUGCAAUCUGCUCGUAACAAAGCACAAGGGAGGGAAGAACAGUCUACAUCCGAGUCCACUAACGAUUCGAAACCUUCUUUAUCGCAAGUUCAUAAAACCCCCCAUUCUCGCAAACGGCAACGUAUGGCUUCGGCUCGGACGAUGCGAUCGUCCGAAAGAGAUUUUAGUAAAGCCUCACGUCAAGUCCCCGAAUGUCUUCGCGGCCACCCGGAUUGCGUCGAAGUCUGGGAUUUCAUGAUAUAUAAAGAAGAGGCUUUGCUCAAAUUGCGCAACCCAAGGCUUUUCAAUGACUUUAAAAGUGUUACUCCUCGUAUGAGAGCGAUUCUUCUUGAUUGGUUGAUGGAAGUUGCCGCCGUUUACCAUCUAAGAAGAGUCACGUAUUAUUUAAGCGUUGAUUACUUUGACCGAUUCCUGUCUAUCAGACCUGAUAUACCCAAAAGUCUCCUCCAGUUAGUUGGUAUCACAUGUCUGUAUAUCGCCGCCAAAGUCGAAGAAAUUUAUCCUCCGAAUCUUAACGAAUUUUCCUAUGUCUGUGAUGGCGCAUGCCAAUCUAAAGACAUGAUCUCUUGUGAAGUUUUAAUACUAAAUAGUUUAGGUUGGGAAGUUGUACUCACAACUCCUACUGAUUGGCUUAAUUUAUACAUGCAAUUACACCAUAAAAGUACCGAUUUCAUCAGAACUAAACUGAAUAUGGACUUCAACAAAGACUUUGUUUUUCCACAAUAUUCCGCUUACCAGUUCACUCGUGCUUCGCAACUGAUUGACUUGCUAUCACUUGAUCCGGGAUUUCUCAAAUUUGGCUAUAGUGUGAUUGCUGCUGCCGCAAUGUACUAUAUGUAUGGACGCGACACUGCUGUAGCUGUCUCAGGUUUCGAUUGGUCUCAAUUGGAAUCUUGCGUCAACUAUAUGGAAGUCUUUUAUAUCAUCAUUAAAGACGCCCCAGAUCCGCGUCUGUACUCUUGUCUCGGGGGGCCUCACCCCGAGGAAAUGACACGAUUUUCAGCCGGUCUUCUCCGACGGGUCCAAUCUGGACCCCAAAGUGAAAAUUACGCGUUUCAAACCCAUAUUGCCAGCAUGGAAUAUUUUGAGACAGCAACAAUCUACAGAUUGAAUAAAUUACGACCAAAGAGUGAUAGCCCGACUACAGAUCCGGAGGAUUCUGCAAGUGUUCCAGCAGAUGACAACAAUCAAAUUGUUGAUUUGCGUGAAGAACUUGCAAGUUUGGCAGAGUUGACUAACGGGGCUGCACCUGUAGACCACAAUUUGAUGACUUUGGACGAAAUUUUUGAACUUAUUUUAGGUCAAGACGGGAACAGGGAUUCGACUUAACUGUGUUUUGUAUAUUUGUAUUUUUGUACCUAGUUUAGGUUUGUAUUUUUGAUUUUUGUUCUUAGGUUCUAUUUGUUUGCUCGUUCGUAUUUCGUAUGUUUUGUAUCUAUUGUUUAUAUCUAGUUUAGGUUUGUAUUUUUUAUCUUUGUUCUUAGGUUCUAGUUUGCUCGUUCGUAUGUAUUAUUUAUAUCCUACAUAGUUACUUUUUUAGACUUUGCAAAUAACGUCUCAGGUAAUUGCAUUGUAAUUAAACAGAAAUAAGUUUUAAUGGCAUACGCCACUAAAUAUGCAAAGGUUUUGUGAAUUUUAAUGAUAUAAAAUUACAAAAUAUAAUUACUGUGAUCAAUAGUUAUAAUUAUUGAGAUCUAUAUUUGUAAAUGUUUUGCUAUAUCUGUAAAUUUAUUAACUUAGAUUGCUAAGGUUAACAUUUCGUUCGAUUUAAUCAUAAACUUUGAAUUUUUGUAUUAGCAUGAAUUAAUCAAAAGACUGAAUUUUUAAAUUUUCUCAACUGAUUUGAAAUAUAUUGUUUAGGCAUUGAGAUCUAUAUUUGAUUUGUAAAUGUUACCUUUGUAAAUUUACAUGUAAUGUGUCUACUUCUGAUAUAGGUCACGAUUCAGCUUUAAACAUGUAAAAUGUUGUAGAUUUCUAUAAACAUAACUUAACAUAGUCUUGUAGUCAAUAAAAAGACUAUAUUUUUGUAAUAUUUCAAAUAAAUUUUUUUUGGCAUUA